UUGUAUGAGGCCAGUCAGUCUGUUGAGAUUCUUAUUCGUGUCUGUACUGGUCUACAAAAAUUGCAAUUGUUUCAGAGAGUAUCUUGAGGGCAGAUUAGAUGCAGAAACUGAAGAAUCUGAUUAUGACCUAGAUGAGGAAUACAGAGAUCAAACCCUGCGUGGAAGGCAGAAAUAUCUCCUGAAUGAGGUCAAAUGUUUGGAGACAACUUUAGCAAAGCGUCGUGCAGAAUUAAGACAAUCUGAUAGACUUUUAGCAGAGUGUCAGAGUGAUUUGGCAGCUGCUAGGGAUGAGGUAUUUGU